CUGUCGCCCUUCAACUUCGCCGCCUUCUACCUGCCCCACGCGCUCGACCACGCGGAGAAAAUCCUCUACCUGGACACGGACGUCGUCGUCCGCGGGGACGUGGGCGAGCUCGCGGCCAUCGACAUGGAGGGCUUCGCGGCGGCGGCCGUCGAGGACUGCAGCCAGCAGGUCGCCAAGUACGUGAACCUCGAGCUGCUCGCGGACGUGGACGCGUGGGGGCUGGGGGCACGCGUGCGCGAACACGGCGGCGCGUGCGUCUUCAACCGGGGCGUCGUCCUCUUCGACCCGGCGCGCUGGCGCAACCUGAGAUUGACGGAGACCAUCGAGGAGCUCGUCGCCGCCUUCACGAAGAGCUCCGCGCGGCUCUGGCGCGGCGGCAUCUCGCAGCCGCCGUUCCUAUUAGCCCUCGCGGGCCGCUACCUCAAGCUCGACAUCUCCUGGAACGUGCGGGGGCUGGGG